CUUCGGUUUGACACUUGAUGCCGUCUGCUGGGUGAGGUUUGUGUUAUUUCGCAUUUUCUCGCAAAUACAGCCCAAUUCUGCGGGAUUUCCCUCGCCAAAACGCGCUAACGGUGUUUCCGAGUUGGCAUAAGGAGACUUUUAUGGUACGCGAAGUCCAUCAGGAACCAUUUAUUCAUCAUGAGUUCCCAGCGGAAAGUGGUGAAACGGGAGAAUUUGAAUUAUACCAAUUAUAUCGACCUCCUGCAGCAGACAAUUGAGCACAGCGAGAGCCAAGGCGAUCCGCUCUCGGAGCAGAUAAUCGAGGAGGAGAUGGUCGUGGAGGAGUGCGAUCAGGAGAAGAAGGUGGAUUUGGAUGCAUUUGAAGUGAGCGUGGAUAACCAGUACGAGAUCCAGGGAGAUGCACGGACUGGAGCCAAGGGAGAUGCAGACUCCGACGAUGAGAUUCGCAUUGUGCUGAAGAGGAAGAGACCCAGACCAGGCGGUGCGACAGACAAUGCCUCCCUCAAUGACAUCUACAUGCUGCUGCUGAACAUGGAGAAGAGGAUCACAAACAUCGAGAAGUGGAUAAGGAACUCCUCCGGGCCUGUCGUUGUCACGAACUCGUCAAUUGUGACCAAACUCCUGCCCAUGAAGAGUUUCCAGGAGGUGAAGGACUUCGACGAUAUGCUGGACGAUGCUGACUUUGAGGCAGCCUUUGUGAAUUUCGUGCAGAAUGCAGAGCUGAAGGACAUAAUGGACGACAACCUGAUCAUGGAAUACAACUACACUGGCGUGCACAAGAAACACCCGCUCAGAGAAUGCAGAUUCAUACAGGUGUGGAAGGACGCCUCGAACUUGGCGGAGACAGAGUUUGCUAAGAAUAUCAAGAUUGAAGUGGGAGCCGCUCACAACAGACAUCACAGUCGACAGGCUCGCCUCAGGAAGAUCAAUUCCUCGAUGUAAGAAUUUAGCUCUAGAGAUCCUUGAAUGCCCUGUUGAAUAUGGAAUACAAAUAAAGCCGCCCGUACUGAGCAAAUAA